CUCUCAGUCUUGUAGAAGUACAUAUUAAUGAAUCCCAUAAUUAUCUUACUCUCCUGGGUCACCGCAUCCGCCAGUGCCCAACUAAUCCCAGCCUCGUUCGAUGCUCGCACGCGGUGGCCUAACUGCCCUUCGAUCGGUCGAAUCCAGAACCAGGGCUGCUGCAAGGCCAGCCAUGCGUUGAUCCCGGCCGCCGUGAUAACCGAUCGCGUCUGUAUCCAGUCCAACGGAACCAACACCCGGAUUUACAGUGGGUACGAUGCGCUGGCCUGCUGCACGGAUUGUUCGUUUUUCCCGCUACAACAGUGCCUCGGAGGAGAUCCGGUAAAGGUUUGGAACUACUGGGUUACGACCGGACUAGCGUCGGAGAGCUGCAUGCCGUUAUCGCUUCUGAAUCCGCUCUGUCUGGGGUCCAUCUGUCCGCUGUUGUGUAAACUGGGUUCCUUGCUAUCGAUAACAAAUGACCGGAAAAAGGGUUUGUCAAUGACAGAGGUACCGUCGGAUAUGAUAAGUAUUCAAUCCGAAAUUCUUGCAAACGGCCCUGUUGAAACUCAGUUGGACGUCUAUACGAACUUUCUAUCCCUUCCAACUGGUGCAGUAGUGGACAGCAUUGUGGGGGACUAUAUUGACUUUCGUUCGGUCAAGAUUAUUGGCUGGGGUACUCAGAACAAUACACCAUACUGGCUGAUUGUCGGCAGCUUUGGCCUGGGAUGGGGUGACAACGGAGUUGGCAUGAUUUUGCGAGGACAGAACUUUCUGCAAAUUGAAAGCAAUGUUCGUGCUGGAAAACUAAUUGUCUAAGGCCACCUAC